AUGCAGAUCCCAAAGCCCCUGAUACUUUUCAUUGACGCUUAUGAUAGCUUCUCCAACAAUAUCAUCUCCCUCCUCGAGACGACCCUCAAUGCUUCCGUCCGGACUAUUAAGAUUGAUAAUCCCGUCUUUGCCACCGAUGAGGAUCUGCUUAAGGAACUAAACCACUAUGCUGCUGUGGUAUGCGGCCCUGGGCCGGGGCAUCCAGCCAAAGAGAAAGAUGUCGGAGUCAUUCGGAGAAUAUGGAGGUUAAAUGAGGCUGGAACUAUCCCAGUCCUAGGGAUAUGCUUGGGGUUCCAGAGCUUGUGUUUGGAGUUUGGUGGGGAUAUCAAGAGACUCAAGGGUCCGCAGCAUGGGAUGAUAAGGAGGGUCAGCCAUGUUGGAGACUGUGGAGCGAAGGACAAGGACUCGAUAUUUGCCGGCGUGGGAACAAUCCAAGCCACACUCUACCAGAGUUUGUGUGCAGACAUUGGGCAAGCCUCGAUUGCGAAUGGCAAUUGGGACACCCAAAAGUGGAUUCCCCUAGAGAAAUGUCCAGAGCUGGUUCCUUUGGCCUGGGUUGAGAGUGAUCUUUCUGAGCGAAGCAACUCUGGAGUCGAGGAUGACAGGGUGUUGGUCGCUGUACGACACUGCACUAAGCCAUUUUGGGGGCUACAGUAUCACCCGGAGUCGAUAUGUACCAAUCAGCAGAGUAUCAGGGUUAUUGGGAAUUGGUUCAAGCAGGUGAAUUUGUGGAAUAAAAAACAUCGUUGGAACCGGAAUGCAGUGGAGAGCCCUAUCCAAGGGGAUUCUGCAACCCUGGAAAGUCUGUUGAGCCGAACCGAACAUCUUCGCCCGAUGUUGAAUGGCUCGGCAAGUUUCCCUUCUGCUGAGCACCCCUCCAUGCAGCACCGGAGCAAUGCAUUGGGUCAGAGUCGUGACAACCUGAUUUACUAUUCCCGCACUGUCGAUAAGGUUGGGCACAUCUCCGUUGCAGAUGUCGUCGAAGCCGUCCAGAAUAUGCGGCAAGAUCAGAUUAUUCUGGAAUCGUCAAAUACGUACGAAACAUCUGUGGGUUCGGCAGAUGUACGAGGCCGGUAUAGCAUCAUUGCUUUGGAUGUCGAUGAUAGCCUGAGAUUUGAAUACAGCAUUAACAGCAAUAAAUUAUCGGCUAUAUAUCCAAGUGGAAGCUCCUCGGGACAGGCCGUUGAAUUGGAUACAAAUUUACCCCAAUUUGGAGGAAUCUGGCCAUUCCUUGCACAAUAUUUAGAGAAGAGACAAGUGAGUGAUGGCAAUAAGGAAUCUCCAUUCUGGGGAGGAUUUAUGGGCUACACGACAUAUGAGCUUGGCUUGGAAGGUAUUGCUGUUACGCCUAAAGGGCAUGGAAGGCAACACGCCCGCCCUGAUUUAUCACUUGCCUGGGUUAGCCGAAGUCUCGUUGUUGACCAUGUAAAGGGCUCCAUUUAUAUCCAGGAAUUGGCUACAAAGGCAGCUGAGCCGCACGUCACAGAACGGAUGGACCAGGUGGCUUCCAAGCUGGAAAAUCUUGUCGCGGGGUCAUUUCAGAACGGGGCUUCUUCAACACCGAGCCUAGUCCAUGGAGUCCUUAAAGAUAUUCCUCCAUCCAUCAGCCUACCCAACAAUGAAGAAUAUGAGUCUAAAGUCCGCCGAUGCCAGGAGUACAUCCGAAGCGGCGACUCCUACGAACUUUGUCUGACAGACCAAACCACAGUAACUCGCCAACGCCAAGUUCAAUCCCCUAUCAGCUCAGACAAACACUCACCAACCACUUCGGAGCCCUCCUGGAACCUGUACAAAACCUUACGCAAUCGUCAACCCGCCCCCUUUGCUUCAUUCAUCCGCCUCGGUUCAGCAACGUUGGUCUCCAGCUCGCCAGAGCGCUUUCUAAAAUGGGACGCACAAGGCAAAUGCGAGCUUCGACCCAUGAAAGGCACAGUUCGAAAAUCCCCAACCGUUAACACCCUCGCUCUUGCCACUGAGCUUCUAGAUGUACCCAAAGAAAAAGCAGAAAAUCUCAUGAUUGUUGAUCUAGUCCGGCACGAUUUACACGGCGUAUGUGGGAGUGGGAAUGUAGCCGUGCCGCGGCUGAUGGUGGUCGAGGAAUACAAGAGUGUCUUUCAGAUGAUAUCCGUGGUCGAGGGCCAGAUUCCUCCUCCACUCGGCGCUGAGAUCAAGAACCACAUGUCUGAUGAGCAAAUCGAGACAGCGAGGAAGACUAGAUAUACGGGUAUGGAUGUGCUGGCUGCGAGUCUACCGCCGGGCAGUAUGACGGGAGCGCCAAAGAAGCGUAGUUGCCAGAUUUUGCAGGAGCUCGAGGACGGCCGGGAGAGGAGUCUGUAUUCAGGGGUCGUCGGGUACAUGGAUGUUGGAGGGAGAGGCGACUGGAGCGUUACAAUUCGCAGCAUGUUCCGGUGGGAUGACGAAGAUACUACUUCCUCGACGGAUGAGAAGACAAUGGAGACCUGGCAUAUUGGUGCUGGGGGCGCGGUGACGGCGCUAAGCACGCCAGAGAAUGAGAGAGACGAGAUGCAGACUAAGUUGAACGGCACCCUUGGAAUUUUUAGAUGA